GCUGGAGCACGACGUGCGCACUCAGUCUGGUGGCGCUUUCCCAGCAUGUGCAUGUGCUGUAAAUCCCAGUAAUGCAGCAUUCAUAUGUGAACGGCAGCAAAGAGUGUGUGAAAUCCGUCCUCAGGAGGAUUCCAGCUCUGAGGCAGGAGCAGUGGGGGAGGAGGCCACAUGCAGGGGCGCUCGGCGGCUCAAAUUAAGGGCUGGCACAGAAGACACGACCCUGCCCGAGGAUUGGAUAGCACCCUGUGGAUGCUGGGGCUAAAAUCUGUGAGCUGUUGCCCACUGGGUGUUAUGUCAGUACAGAUUUCCUCCAACAAAGGGAACUUGAGGAGUCUCUGCACAACGGGAUUAAAUUUACUGGAUCAAAAUUCACAACUGUUAUGACACGACUCAGGGCCGACUCUGGAGAUGCCGAAGAGACGAGACAUCGUUGCCGUCGUAUUGAUUGUGUUGCCUUGGACGCUUCUCAUCACUGUUUGGCAUCAGAGCAACAUCACUUCCCUGCUUGAUGCUCAAAAGGACGGCCCACAUGGUCGUCACCCUGACUCCAGAAACACCCGUCUCUUUAAGGAAUCCCUCUCACCUCAGAGCCGGGAGGUUGUGGAGGUGGUGCGGACGGAGUACAUUUACCGGCGCCCUCCGCCCUGGUCCAGCGUCCUCCCCACCAUCCACGUCAUCACCCCCACCUACACCCGGGCGGUGCAGAAGGCCGAGCUGACCCGGCUGGCCAACACUUUGCUCCACGUGUCCAACCUGCACUGGAUCCUGGUGGAGGACUCCAGCAGGAGGACCGCCCUGGUUAGCCGUCUCCUGCGGGACACAGGGCUUAACUACACCCACCUCAGCGUGGAGACGCCUCAGAACUACAAAGUGCGCGGGGACAGCAGGAACCCCAGAGUACCGAGGGGCACCUUGCAGAGGAACCUGGCUCUGCGGUGGCUGAGAGAGACGCUGGGUGUGAACAGCACUCAGCCCGGCGUGGUUUACUUUGCAGAUGAUGACAACACGUACAGUCUGGAGCUGUUUGAAGAGAUUCGUUCCACUAAAAAAGUGUCGGUUUGGCCGGUGGCGUUUGUGGGUGGCUUAAGAUAUGAGUCCCCCAAAGUGAACACCCUGGGCAAGGUGUACGGCUGGAAAACGGUUUUCGACCCACACCGGCCCUUUGCCAUCGACAUGGCUGGGUUCGCAAUCAACCUGAGCCUCCUUCUGUCCAAACCUCAGGCUUAUUUCAAGUUACGAGGAGUGAAGGGAGGAUAUCAGGAGAGCAGCUUACUAAAGGAACUGGUCACUCUGAACGACCUGGAGCCUAAAGCCUCUAACUGCACUAAGGUAUUAGUUUGGCACACACGGACAGAGAAGCCGGUGCUGGUAAAUGAGGGAAAGAAAGGAUUUACAGACUCUAAUGUGGAGAUAUGAUGGCCUUCAUCUGACACAGAGCGAAAAUCUCUGCUGCAUUUUGCCUGGACCCAAACCAACCGCAGUGCUCCGAGGGCUAAUAAUUACAACCGCACAGUAGUUCCACUUCACAGAAGAUUAAAAGUGGAGGCACAAAGCCCUGUGCACGACUAAACACAGUGCACUGUAGCAUAACUGCACGAACACAGGCAGCCUGUUCUGGUCGACACUGGCUGGGCUUGCCAAAAGGAGCUUGCCCUCUGAGGUCCGCUCGGGGUGCGGAGACAAAGGAUGUUACCCGACUUCAAUUGGAGAAAGAGAUGGAGCAGUGUGCAAUAAAGAGCCUUCUCUGUAAAGACAGCACCAGCAAGGCUUCCAAUCAGUACUUAAUGUGGCUUUUUGUUCCAAGCCAAGCGGCCCGACGGGCACAGAUCUGCACAGAGGAAUAAAAGAUGCCAUUGUCUGAGGGGAAUCGGCACUGACUGACAGAUAGCACUGAUGGGAUCUGAGUCCCUUUACUUGUACUGUACAACACUGAGCUAUUUAGGUAGGACCCUGAACUCAGCACUAAUUAGGAGCUCUGUUUCUGCUCAACACUCCUUCACACUUGAUCACUAACACUCUGAGCAGCGGUUUAUUACAGCUGAGCAGCAAUGCUCUUUCUCAUAUUAAUGUACUUGUUUGUUCCUGAAAUGCUGUGACAACGCUGAACUGGAGUCAUUUUAAGGGAUUUGUUAGUGGCUUGUACACUUCACAGGCUCCAUCAAAACUAAUUAAGGUUUCAAAGGGUGAACAGAAGGCUUUUUUAGAUGUAUAUUGUUGCUCUUUGUUUAACUAUGUGGUUAAAUAGGGAGAUAUAACUCUGAAAAGCAUGGGUUGCUGGGGAUGCUUUCAUUCGCCACUGACCUACAAUCGCAGCUGUUCAAAAUGUAAAUCUAUGCUCAAACUCUGACAUUUCAGAGUUUGGACACUUAUCAAUGUGAUGGGCACUGGAAAUGUUUCACUUUUACUUUAAGGUAAGGGGAUGACUCAACAAUGCUGCUUCAGUUUCAUUUGAAAGUUGUUCAUUUUUGCCUCAGCUUACAAUGUUUGAAUUUUUACAUUUUGAAGACGCAUUACUUUCAGUACCCAUCUUUUUCAAAACAUACACAAGCAAUACAAACCUAACAAUGUAAGAAACAUAUCCAACACAGAAAUAAAAAACAUGUUAUGGGAAAUUCACGGGUAAGAAGAAGUUUGAUGAUUUUUGUGUAAAUAUUCAUUGCAACCAAAGGUACUAUAUGUAAAUAUGUAAAAAAUAUUGCCCUCAUGCAGACAUCACUGUGUCUGUGAGUGUUAAUGUGGUUUAAAAUGUAACUUUAUGUUUUUCAGGUAUCAUAUUAGACAUCAUCCAUCCUAAAUACCCUUGCAUUUGGCUAUAGUCACAGAAGAAGAAACAUCGAUGGACAUAAUUCAAAUCAGGAUGAGAUACUGGUCACUGGAUAUCAGCUGCCAUCCCCAGAUCAGGUGCAUUCUCAAACUGGACUUUGUAGUCUCCCUCUUGCUCCUCGAACACGAUUAUCUUAUUCAUAAACAAAGUGAGAAAGAGAGUUGUUAGAAAUUGACCCUCUUGAAUUGUUACAAAGUAGCACAAACAGUAAUAAUCAUGUAUGUAAAACAGGGAUUUUGAUUUAGCAUCCAGCUAAGUUACAAAGCUAAUUAAAUUAGCCACACAGUUUGUUCAGUCCAAAGGACCUAAAAUCGUAUUUCUUUCACUUAUGAAAUGCACCAGGUUAUAUUUUUACCAUCAAAUGGAUAAACACAAACUAUGAAUAGCCACCAAUGUUAAGGUGUCAUCCACUUUAGCAAUGCUUACUUUACCAGGUUUAAAAAUGUAUUUAAAUGCAUCAUAAACUUCAUAGUCACACCAACGGUACGGCCAUGCUCAAACAAUUCCGCUGAAGAGUAUGAGAUGCAGUGUAUUGGACCCGUAAGCCAAAAUGAAAACACAAUGUCUAAAUCAUAUUUACAGCAUGUGGACCAAACUGCAGAUGCUUCCUCUCUGACAUCAAAAGAUGGUCAGGUUAAUAUGAAUUGUAUUCUAAUGUCAUGUUGUAAGAAAACACUGACCUUAUUUGACCUUUGUAUUUAUCUUAAUGUGCUGACCAACUGCACAGAAAUUCCCCAUUGCCAUGCAUAUGUUUCAAUCUAUUCAGAAACAUCAUUAAAGAAAAUUACAUUUUCUAACAUUUCAAAAUCUUUGUAGUUUUUUUUUUCCUUGCGGCAAAAGUAAGCAGUCACACCAAAUUAAGCUUUUCUCUGAGGAUUUCAUCACUUAAAAAAAAAUAAAAAUAAAUGCAAGUCCCCCAUUUGUAGGAGUUAGUGGUAACUUUUUCAGGGCAUGUGGCCUGGAUCCAAGUUUGUCUACUCUAAUUCAGUAGCACCUCA